CGGGCCGGCGCCAGGUACCCUCUGCGUGCGGCCGAGCCGCGGACGGUGGGGCGCGCGAACGUCAGCCGGCGACUGGACGGCGCCGCACAGGCCGCCAAGGUGACCCCGAGGGACGGGGUGACGCCACGGCGGCACUGACAGAGAGCUGGGGCGACCAGCAGACAGGUCAGCCAGCUGCUGAUAGCAUCGACCAUCGACGCGCUCUCGGCAGAGCAUUCUCCUGGAAGGUAUCAAUAUCUGAAGCUUGAAGGUCACUUCCGAAGGGCAGACGCAAACAAUUCCAGGGAAGUGUGCGUUUUGGGCCAAUUCAGCCUAAGGAUCUCAAAAGAGCCAACCAACGUAUGACAAAAUGGUGCUGAAGAGAAAUCCAAACUCUGCAAAACUUGAGCCUCUGGAUAAGGAGAAACUAAGAGAGGAGGAAAAUGCGAAGAGGGCAAUCUCUCAGUCCACGCUUUAUUCCGGGACGGGCCAAACUGAGUACCUUCCAAAGCUUGACGACGAUGAAGAGCACCCAAUGCCAUACUUCAUUACGGCGACUGCUACCCUGCCUCGGCCCGCCGAAAAACCCUGGGAAAGCUUGGAGGAGAUCCGCGCCCGGAAGCGGAUGGACCACUGGCUGCAGAACAAAUCGUUCCAGCUGGAGGUGCUCGACGAGUUUCUGGCCGAUGUCAUCGUCGACGAGCUGGCCACAGUCGCCUCCGUCGCUAUGCAGGAGGGCAAGUACAAGCUGAAGCAGGACCAGGUGAAGGCGGCCUACAUUGAGGAGGAGAUUGUGCCCACUGUGGUGGCCGACAGCUGUCUGCUGGCAGUCUGGGAGCUGCUCGUGCACACUGGCCGCACGCUCAACAAGCCCACCUUCGAGGAGCUGGAGGCCCGGCUGGGCGACACCCCGCUAGACCCGGUGGCUGAGGCGGCGCUCAAGCAGCACGUGCGCGAGGAGGAUGACUGGAAGACCAGCAUGGACGAGGAGAAGGCGCUCGGCGGCCUCACAUGGGAGACGCUCGUCUUCCACCUGCACAAGAUUGCGUCCUCGCUCACACUCAGCGAGAACUUCGCGCUCAGUCAGCUCCAGGACCUGCUGCUGGUGCAGAGCGCCGGCAGCGCCAUCUGCGAGGCCUCCUCCGAGGCCGGCCAGAGGGAGCUACAGGAGGCCGACGAACAGGAAAAGGUCAGCCGACCGCCGAGAAUCGGCUGAAAAAAUACCAACAAUGGAUCGAGCCCGGACCUGACCUGAACUGACCUGACACGUCAAAAUCAGGUCGGUCAGAUCAGGUCAGCUUCUAUUCGAGACAGUCGCUGAGGAAUCAACAGUGUGAUAAGGGAGCAAUGGACCUAAUGCAAUGGACCUAAUCGGUGUUUGAAGCCCGUUUGAAAAGCGUUGCGCAGGCUUGCAAGCUGCACACCAAAUCUUGCUAACCUAAUCCUCAUUGAGCGGGCGGUACUGUUCGCUACACUUUCGGUGUUUUCGCUCACCAAGUAC